GACGACACCAGCGAUUGCAUUCUCUGUACAACAUGGAACGGUUGCAGGAGCUGGAUCUAGCCCAGAUAUUCGUUGCUUAUGGCGUUGGCGUUGUCACACUCCUAGUUCUCUAUUACCUGGUGAAGAGUGACCCGGAGAAGGCCGUACCAUAUAAUGUCACGGCUCCAGAGCAAGUGAAAUCUGGAUGGAAAGGCGAAAUUCUUAAGGAGCCCUCCUUGAAGGUAUCCGGAUCGUCUCUGGUGCAAUGCUACUGUCCCGCGACCGGCGAAUCCCUCGGACGCGUGAACCCCUCGACAACCGACGGAAUCGAUCGCGCGAUUGCGAAGGCGAAGGAAGCACAAGUUCAAUGGGCGAAGACAACAUUUGCAGAGAGGCGUAAGGUCCUCAAGACCAUGCUGAAAUUCGUGUUGGAGAACCAGGAGACGAUCGCUCGCGUCGCCUGUCUGGACUCGGGCAAGACGAUGGUGGAUGCUAGUUUGGGAGAGAUACUUGUCACCGCUGAGAAGCUGAAGUGGACAAUUGAUCAUGGAGAGGAUUCGCUGAAGCCCGAAAGCAGGCCCACGAAUUUUCUCAUGAUGUACAAGAAGAAUGAAGUCAUCUGGCAACCCCUGGGUGUCGUUGCUGCACUCGUAAGCUGGAAUUAUCCCUUUCACAACCUUGUUUCGCCCAUCAUAGCGUCGAUCUUCGCCGGCAACGCCAUCAUCGUAAAGGGCUCCGAAGCCACUGCUUGGUCGAGUGCGUACUUCACCUCUAUCGUGACAUCCGCCCUGGUAGCUUGUGGCCAUUCGCCCGAUAUCGUCCAGUCCGUAGUCUGCUGGCCCAACGUCGCCGAACACCUCACAUCGCACCCUGACAUCGCACACAUAACCUUCAUCGGUUCCAGACCCGUAGCCCACCACGUAUGCGCCUCCGCCGCAAAGAGCCUCACGCCCGUCUGCGUCGAAUUGGGCGGCAAGGACCCGGCCAUCGUCUUCGACGACCUCAGCAACAGCGAGUUCCACCGCGUAGCCAGCAUCCUCAUGCGCGGAACCUUCCAAUCCGCCGGCCAGAACUGCAUCGGCAUCGAGCGCGUCAUCGCCCUCCCUAACAUCUACGACCGCCUCGUCGCGCAAAUCGAACCCCUCGUAUCCUCCCUCCGCCCGGGCUCCAUCCUCCACGCCUCCCCCUCAACCCCCAUCGACGUCGGUGCCUCCAUCUCCCCCGCUUCCUUCAACAACCUCGAAUCCCUCAUCCAGGACGCCGUGUCCCACGGCGCGCGCCUCCUCGCCGGCGGCAAACGCUAUACGCACCCUGAGUUCCCACAAGGCCACUACUUCACUCCGACACUCAUCGUCGACGUGACGCCGGACAUGAAGAUCGCGCAGACCGAGCUCUUUGCCCCCGUCUUCCUCAUGAUGCGCGCAACCUCCGUCACGCACGCCAUCGCUCUCGCCAACUCCACCCCCUUCGCGCUCGGCGCCUCCGUCUACGGCGCCCACAAGCCCUCCCUCGAGCGCGUCGUCCGCGAGGUCCAAGCAGGCAUGGUCGCCGUGAACGACUUCGCAGUCACCUACAUGGUGCAGCUGCCCUUCGGCGGCGUCAAGGGUAGCGGAUACGGCCGCUUCGCGGGCAAGGAGGGCCUCCGUGGCGUGUGCAACCAGAAGGCCGUCACGCGCGACAGGUGGCCUGGCGUCAAGACGAGCAUCCCGGGACCCAUGGACCUGCCGCUCGCAAGGAACGGCGAGGGAGCUGGGCAGAGGGCGUGGAAGAUGGCUAUGGGUGUUGUUUGGGUGGGCUAUGGCGAUUGGGUGGGGAAGGUUAGGGGCAUCAAGGGGUUGAUCGGGUUGUAGAUGUAAUCGUUCGCGCUGAGCUGGUCGGUGUUUCUAUCGACCAGCCUUCUUGCGUUGUAUAUUUAAAGAUUUCCUUUUAAUCAUUUCAAAUUUGACACAAUGGUAUCGAUUAGAUGCUGUUGCUGCCCUUGUUGCUGUAGCAUAUCGCGGGUGUGUAGAUGGAUGUGGGUACCCGGUGUUGGGGCUGCCCUAUGAGUCCCCUCGUCUAUAGAAAAGAUGUUGUAAUAAUGAUGACAGACU